GCUGGAGCCUAUCCGAGCUGGGCGAGAGGCAGACAACACCCUGGACGGGUCGCAGGGCAACACACAGACAGACGACCACUCACACCUACGGGUGGAGAGAUAAAUGGAUGGAUGGAGAGAAGCCAAUCAACCUAAUGCACGUCUUUGGACUGUGGGAGGAAGCCGGAGAACCCGGAGAGAACGUGCAACCUCCACACAGAAAGGCACAAGGGCCGCCUCCGGGAAUCGAACCCAGAACCUUCUCGCUGUGAGGCGAUGGUGCUACCCACCGCCCCAAAACCAGAACUGGAAACAGGAAAUGUCAAAACUAAACAGGAAAUGGUAACCAAAAGCCCAGACGUGACACCUCGUAGGUGGCUCCAGGAAACAUCCCCUGCCCAGAACUAAUCUGUAAACUGCAGAGCUGCAGUGUUAAUGAGUUUUCCAAUUGUACUUUAAACAGCAAAUACUACUACUACUGUGGCUUCUGAUUUGUGAUCACGGUGGAGAAGAAUGAUUUUGUUGCUGCUGUUGGGAGCCUUUGUUUCUGUGGGUCUCGCUGAUGUUGUAGAAGAGACGAAUGGGGCGACAUACAUCAUGGAUCUGCCCACAGACACUUACUCUAUUGAAUUUGAGGGUUACGAUGAGACGGCGUUAGAGUUGAAUCUGAGAAAGAUUGACCCUCCCUACGGAACCAUUGCCAUUACUGUUGGGGUUGUUGCACUUAUCGGCUGCUGCUGCUGCUGCGUGCAGUGCUGCAAAGUCUUGGCAUCUUCUGUUAAGACCGUCUCUGAACCAGCUGUGGCUCCUCCGGAGUAUAGCUAUGAGCCUGCUGCACCAUGGCAGCCCAGUCAGCGUUGGAUAUGGAUGCCACCGUACCCAGUGCCUGCUUAUACUCACAGCAACCCGCUGGUACAGAACCCACCGGCCGUGAACGCUGCUAAUGCUGAGGUUCCAGCUCCAACUGUCCUCAGCCUCAGUGACGACGAGCCGCGGUUCGAGCUGAAGGGGAUGCACUUCCCCUUGUCUCUUCCUCUCAGUUCAGACCCAACUUACCAACAUGUUUAUACCUCAGACAAACUCAACUUCAAAUGGAAGCCUUCAUUCACAAGCAAUAUAUAAAUAAGAAAUGUGCCUUACUCGUUUUAGAUGCUAAUCAACCUAGGAGCCUAUCACUUUGACAAGCAGGGCAUUGGACUUAUACACUUAUAAACAACGUUUACAGGAUGUGGAUGUGAUUUACAGUCACAGUUUGCCCACAGUGUUCAAUGAAAACCACCAUCUGCCUUUUCCUUGUGCCGCUUUCAACUGUAAGCGGCAUCACCUCUGAACCGAGCGUUUUGAAUGUGUCAGUCAGCAGUAACCACACACUUGAAACAAUUUUAAGGCUUUAAAAUUUCUUCAGUUCAAUAGACUUGUUCAAGUUGUAUACUGUAUUUUGAAUGAAUGUCUGUUACAUACAUCUUUGGUUAUAUACAUUUAAAAUUGUGUAUUGUAUUUUUUUGAGCCAUACAAACUGUAUUUGUAUGUUUUGAUAAAUGUGUUUUGUUUAAAUUUUUAAAUUGUUGUACAAAUUUGUUCCACAACCUUGACUUUAAACUUGACUUAUAACAAUAUUCUAUAAUUUACCACUAUACGAGCUGCAGCCACGCAGCCCAU